AUGGAUGAAAAAUUAGCGAUUAUAUAUGAAGACAGUGACGAUGGUGAAUUUUUGAAUUGGAAAGUGUGCAACGGUUCAUACAUUCGUAAAAAUGCUCAUCUUUUAAAUUAUUCGAAAUUGAAAAAGAUUUGUCACAAAACAUUUAAAAAAGGAUUCUUACUGAAAUAUGGAAUGACAGUUGCUACAAUUGAACCGUGUAAACAUGAAAUAGUUAUGAAAGAUAUGUGUGCCACGUGUGGAAAGGAUUUUAGAGCGGCGCAUGGUUCAGUGACUGGAAUACUUAAUGAAGCACCUGCUGCAAGCGUUUCUAUGAUUCAUCACGUCCCGGAAUUAAUUGUUUCUAGCCAACUGGCUCGUGAAAUCGGUAAUCGCGAUCGUGAAUUUGUAUUAAAAGCUCGUAAAUUAGUGUUAUUAGUUGAUUUAGAUCAAACCCUUAUUCAUUCAACCAGUUGUCCAUUCAGUGGUGAUAAUGUAUCGGAUAUCAAAUGUUAUAAAUUGCAGUCGACAACAUUUUAUACAAAAAUAAGACCAUAUACGAGGGAAUUUCUAGAAAGAAUGAACAUUUUAUUUGAAAUGCAUAUAAUAAGUUAUGGCGAAAGGCUGUAUGCACAUCAGAUUGCUAGUAUUUUGGAUCCAGAUAAAAUUUAUUUCGGGCAUCGUAUAUUAUCGCGUGAUGAAUUGUUUUGUGCCAUGUAUAAAACAAGAAAUAUGCAGUCAUUAUUUCCAUGUGGCGAUCAGUUAAUUGCUAUAAUUGAUGAUCGCCCCGAUGUUUGGCAGUAUUCUGAUGCCCUUAUUCAGGUCGUUCUAAUUGCUUUUUCUUUAGUUAUGGCUUGCUCAGUAAUAGGGAAUUCUGAUGAAACUGAUCAUACAUUGGAAUAUGUUGCCGAUAUUUUAACGAAAAUACAUAGAGAAUUUUAUUAUCAUUAUGAUAAAGAUGGUGGAAAAGUUAUUACGGAUUUGAAAACAAUAAUUGCGAAUGAACGCGCGAAAGUGUUAAAAAAUUGCUCAGUGGUAUUAAGUGGGAUAGUUCCAGUGGGUACAGAUUUAACAAAAGUUGAAGCAUAUCGACUUUGCAAGCAAUUCGGUGCUACGGUUACUAUUAAUAUUAAUGAUAAAACAACACAUAUUAUAGCAGCACGAUGGGGAACGAUAAAAGUCCAUGAAGCUCUAAAACGAUCAGAUAUUUAUGUAGUUCACCCGCAGUGGUUAUACGAUUGUGUUGAAAGAUGGCAAAAGAUUGAUGAAAAAGAUUAUCUGUUAACGAAAGAAACAAUGAAUAAAACUGGAAAGCCUUUGGGCGGAUCGCUUAUCAAAGGAGUUUUACCAACGUUGUCAACUUUGAAUUCAAUGCUUAAGGAAGUAGAGGAAGAGGUUAUUAAAGGCCAUAAUUUCAGAUACUUCGAAAUCAAAUUCGUUUAA